AGCAGUCCGAUAGCCAGGAAGCCCGUGCACGUCGACCGACGUACGCCACCAUGCCGGGGCUCACCAUAGGCGACACCGUCCCCAACCUGGAGCUGGACUCCACCCACGGCAAGAUCCGCAUCCACGACUACGUUGGCGACGGCUACGCUAUCAUCUUCUCUCACCCAGCCGACUUCACGCCCGUGUGCACGACGGAGAUGGCGGCGAUGGCGGGGUACGCCAAGGAGUUCGAGAAGCGUGGCGUGAAGCUGCUGGGCAUCUCGUGCGACGACGUGGAGUCGCACAGGCAGUGGACCAAGGACGUGGAGGCGUACGGCGGGAAGCAGCAGCAGCAGCAGCAUACGACGACGAAGGUGACGUUCCCGAUCCUGGCGGACCCGGCGCGGGACGCCAUCCGGCAGCUGAACAUGGUGGACCCCGACGAGAAGGACGCGGCGGGGCGGAGCAUGCCGUCCCGCGCGCUCCACGUCGUCGGGCCCGACAAGGCCGUGAAGCUGAGCUUCCUGUACCCGGCCACCACGGGGCGGAACAUGGACGAGGUGCUGCGCGCCGUCGACUCGCUGCUCACGGCCGCCAAGCACGGCGGGAAGGUGGCCACGCCCGCUAACUGGAAGCCCGGGGAGUGCGCCGUCAUCGCGCCCGGCGUCUCCGACGAGGAGGCCAGGAAGAUGUUCCCGCAGGGGUUCGAGACCGCCGACCUGCCCUCCAAGAAGGGCUACCUCCGUUUCACCAAGGUUUAGCUAGCCGACGUACGGCACGGACAUCUAGCUCGUCUGUCAGUCCGCGUCGACCGGGGUGCGCGGAUCUUUUGUGCCUGCUGGUGGUUUCUCUGACUAGUACUAGUAUAUAUAUAGGCUCUAUGUAUGUGCGUACUAUGCCGUGCCGUGUUGUCUCGUGUAGUGGUGGCAACCGGUUCGUGGCACUACCGCGCUAGUAUUGUCCACCCAUAUCAAUGUCCUCUUCUGAACUUAGCGGCGCACAUGUUUGUGCGUGUGUGUAGCAUCUGCUAGUGCAAUUGCAUGAUGCAUGGCCGUGCGAAAAGGCCCUCGGCGCUACGACAGCAGCCAGCACGGCACGUUUCAAAGUAUGCCUGAUACUGUACGAUGUCUUAUAGCAUCUUCGAAAGACUAUUUAAAUAGCUCGCCAAGCCAAAUUUUGGCUACUUAACACC